GAAGCGCAAAAACACUUCCAAGAGAUUGGAGUGAUUUGUAACAAAUGGAAGAACUGGUCGACAGAAAACGUGAUUUUAGACGAUUCACAAGAAGUGCAAUCAUCUGAUCAACAGAUUGUUAGUGAGAUUAACGGCGACUCAAAGGUCAGACACAACUCAAAGACCAAAGAGUUCUUUGAGGGACCCUUUCUGUCGAUGAUAUUCGAUAACUUGCAGUAUAUGGUUGAUCUGCCGUAUGAAGUCAACCUCCAAGUGACGUCUUUGAUCUCGAGACUCGCAUUGUUCCCGAAUCAAUACGUUAAUGAGUACCUCUUGGAUCCUACCAUUCCUCUAGUUCGCGGAACUCGAUCUCUGUUUUCAAUUCUGCAUAAACUGGUGGAUGAGUUGCAGAUAUCAGUGCAGGGCUUGAAUGGUCUGAGAGAUAAACUGCAGAUAACCAGAAGAGCACUGUUAGGAGAAUCCGAUAAAACGAGUGAAGAAGUGAAUGAAGUGAAUGACGAGAAGACUUCCCGAAUAAUCGAGGCUUUGAUAGUAAUCGAGGAGUUUUGCAAAGAAUUGGCUGCCGUUUCGUUUGUUAAAUAUCACAACACUUUUUGA